UCGCCAAGUCCGGCCGUCUCGUGCUCGUCGCCGUCAGAGUGCUAGGAACCGAGUUCAGGAACAGUCGUCGCAGUCGUCACACAGCUGGGUUUUGUUUGUGGUCCCCCGUUUCAGUCCGGAACAGUUUAGUCCUCCAGUUAGUGGUGUGCAUAUUGCAAGUAUCGUGUUGUGUCCAAAGGGAGUUGCCGACCGUCGCGACGUUUCUAGUACGCGAGUGGGUUUUGUUGCAACCGCUCUAAAUAGUGUGGAUUGUGGAAGUCGAGUGUCGACGAGGUCGAGACUUCAAGAAGUGUUGUACAAGCGCGCUGUACAGCUGGUGUUUGUGUGUUGCUGGUGAAUCAAGGUGGAAAGUCUUCGUUUUGUGUGGGAAGGGAAAAUCUGUUUCUCUGAGUGUUUUUUGGGUGGAAAAUUAAGCUUUAAGCCGCGUGGAAAAGUUAUUGAUCCAGAAAAGGUCUUGCCUGGUACCCCGCUGCUGGUCGUCGUCAAGUCUGCUGCAAAAGUGGUCUGAUUCGCUGGUCUUGCGCCGAGUCUACUAGCUAGAAGUGUGAAUAGUGUUAGUGUACACAACUACUACCGACAACGUCGACGCACGUGUAUAUCGGGUACUCUGUGUGGAGAGCACAUUUCGACGAAGCACAUCGAAGAGAAGGUUGUUGUGUAAUUCUUUUCUUGGUGGUCAAUAGUGAAAAGCCGAUUCAGGGAAAUCGCAGCUCACUCACCAGCUUAGAAGAGGAGGAGAACACCGCUCAACACCGGGCAACUUGAGGAGUUACUUUGAGGCGUAAAGCAGCGUAAACAACUACCAAAAGUAACAAUGCCCCAGUCCGACUACGUGUCGCUGACGACGGGGGGUGGCAACCCGCAGUCCGUGUACCAGUCGACGACGGAACCGCACGGCGCCUCCAAGUCGGUCAUGGAGACGGUCAAGCGCGUCAUCGGGACGGCCAUCGGGGCCCAGGACAAGCACGCCUUGAUCGAGCGGGACGCCCAACCGUACAUCAUCAGCAGCAGUUUGGGAUCAAGCAUGGACCGCACCGGAAAGGGAGCCCACCCGAACAACGCCAGAAUGCCAUCCGCACCAGCUCACACUGCCGAGGAAGCGCGCCUGUUGGGAGCCAUGCCCGUGGACCCAAUGGACGACAUCGAGCUGCGCUCCGUUCAGCUGCAGUACCCGAACCAGCGGGGAUCGAUCGUUGGCCAGUGUGACCUGCGGCGCGUCCCCACGGACAAGGGCGACAUCCUCGUGGCGGUCCAGGGCGAUACAACGAAACCGGCCAUCGUGACGUACCACGAUCUGGGACUCAACUAUGCAUCGAGCUUUGCCGGAUUCUUCAACUUCCCGUCGAUGCGUUCGCUGUUGGACAACUUUUGCGUGUACCACGUGAACGCUCCCGGCCAGGAGGAAGGCGCUCCCACCUUCCCGGAAGAAUACGUGUACCCCACGUUCGACGAGCUGGGCGCCCAGAUGCUGUUCGUGAUGUCACACUUUAACCUGAAGUCCAUCAUCGGACUGGGCGUCGGUGCCGGGGCCAACAUCUUGGCCCGGUUCGCCCUGGCCAACCCGGAUAAGGUUGGCGCCCUCUGCCUAAUCAACUGCAGCUCGACCCAGGCCGGCUGGAUCGAGUGGGGCUACCAGCUGCUGAACACGCGCAAUCUCCGCUCCAAGGGCAUGACCCAGGGCGUGCUGGACUAUCUGAUGUGGCACCACUUUGGCCGGAAUCCGGAGGAGCGCAACUUGGAUCUGGUGCAGCUCUACAAAUCCAACUUUGAGCGCUCGAUAAACCCCGUCAACUUGGCCAUGCUGAUCGAUUCGUACAUCAAGCGUACCGACCUGAACAUUGCCCGGACGCCGUCCGGCUCACCCCAAACGACUGCAUCCCUGAAAAUGCCAGUGCUGAACAUUACCGGAGCACUUUCGCCACACAUCGACGACACGGUCACCUUCAACGGCAGACUCGUCCCGGAGAAGACUAAUUGGAUGAAGAUCUCCGACUGCGGUCUCGUACUCGAGGAGCAACCGGGCAAGCUGGCCGAGGCGUUCCGAUUGUUCCUGCAGGGUGAAGGCUAUGCACCAACAUUUUCACCGCAUGCUAAAAACCAUACUACAACAACUAACUACAACAUCAACAACGUCAACAACAACAACGUCAACAACAAUCAAGAGUUCGACAAGCUGAACGGAAACGGAGCCGGAAGUGGCGGUGGUGGUGGUGGAGGCGGAGGUUGCGUUGUCAGCGGAGCAGCAACAUCGGACAACGGUAAUCUGCCGGUGAGUGCGACGACCGGGGCCGCCAUCCGGAUAACCGAGAAUCCGCUGCCCGAGAACGUGGCGUGCUAGAAACGAUACAUAUCGGGUCCGGACGACGACGACGGGGGUCACGCCGGCCGUGUUGUUGUCCGCCGGAAGAAGAAGCAAUGUAACGAGGAAGAAGACGAGGAGGUGUGGACGAACCGUCGCUAUCGGGUAGAGAAAGUGCUGUUGAAUGCUAUAUUUUCGAUACAAAUUUAAGAGUGAAGAGAAAGGAAUUUCUAGAAGAGAUCAUGCUAACUGAAAAAAUAAAGUUCAAGACAAGCUACGAACAUUCGACCAGCCUAAUCGAAUUCAUCGUGAGCGCUAGUAUGAUGUUGUCGCUAGUCGACGCUAGAGCGCGCGUCGUCGUGCACAGGAAAAUUGAGCUACUUGUAGUCGAAUGGUGGAGCCACGUGGUUGUGGUGGCUCGUAGCAUGCUUUGAACUGUGUUUCAUCAAAUCGCAGCAAUAAAAAGGAACUGGAAGCUGCUUAUUUUCCCCCUAUUUGACUGUAGAAUGACGGUAAAGUGACUGGCAAAGAAUUGGAAACAACUGUUUAUUUACGUUUGUUUCAAAACAAUUAACACAAUUGUAUGAUUUUUGGAGUCUAUUAACUUUUUUUAAUUUGAUAAAUACUUUUAUUUCAGAAUGUACUCCAAUAUUUAUUUAAACAAAAUACUGUAAAUCCAUGUGGAAAUAAUUGAACAGUUCUUGUGUAAAUAUUUUCUUUAACGGUACACAUCAACCAGAGCUUUUCUUUUGUUUUUUUUUUUUUAUUUUAGUAUCUUCAAAACUACGGGAACUAUCGAUAUAAUGUUUUUUCGUCCCCUAAAUUACUGUCUUCAAAGUUAUUUACAACAAAGUCUGACUUUUUUUACAAUCAGAUUCAUGCAAGAUUAGGUCCGUAAGAUAGACAAAUUUGGAAUAAAAAUACAUCAACUUCCUUGGUUGUUGUGCACCCUUAAGCAACAGCUUUGGAAAUUUUGACGUUUUCAUUUACAAUUAUUGAUUGAUGAAAAAUCUUGGAGAUGCAAUAAUACAGAAUAUUUAUUUUAAUAAAAUCAGAUUUGACAAUUUUUACGAAGACUUUUUGAAAUAGUUGUUUAUGAAACAUUCAACAGUAAAAUAGGACAAAUUACCCUAUUUUGGACCCAACCAGCAGAAUAUUACUGUGAUUUCAUCAUUUUCUGAACUUUUUCUAGUGAUUGUUCGUACACGCAAAAUGCGACACUCGUUGCGGUAUGAAGAAAGCCAAAUAUUGUAAAUCUAAAAUUCUCAUGGAAGAUUUAUACGUGAUGAAUUUAUAUGGAAAAACACAUUUUUUCUGAAAAUCGGCAUUUUCACCGAUACAAUAUUUUGGGUGAAACGCAAGUUUCUUCGUUCAAAUCUCCCAUGGAUAUUUUCGAUUUAUUAUGUUUUGCUUCUGUCAUACCGUGUCGUUAGACGGUGCGUCAAAUGACAUAUGUGGAGUUUUUUU